GGGUAGUCAGCCUGCGGCCGAGACUUGUCCGCUGCUGUCGCGCACCGCUCGGAGCUCCCUGGAGGUGGGCGAAAGAGUGCGAGAGCGCGGGGGAGGAGCCGAGCGGGGCGCGUCCGGAGAGCGCCGCCACCGCCCCCCGGAGUCCGCUGGAGCGCGGAGCCCCCUGCAGGGGAGGCGGCGAGCGGCUGGCGGGACGCGGCGGCGGGCGCGGACCAUGCAGUCCCCGCCCGGCCAACGCUGGCUGCUCGCUGUGUUGUGAGGUGGCGGGGUCCCCUCCGGCUCCCGCACCCCUCCGCGCAGCUCGAGUGCUGCCCGGCGCCCUUGCCCUUCGUCCCGGCCCCGGGACGCCGGUGGAAGGCACGGCCUGCCCCUGCCUUGCUCUGCCCGAAUCAUGCAGGGGGGCCCGAAGGAAGAGAAGGCGACUGACCGGCCCGCGCCGCCUGUGGUCGAGGGGCGUCCUGCUCUCUGAAACGCCCUCCACCUGCUGCCAUGUGUCGCCGCCACAGGUACCUAGCUUGUAGUUAACUUUCCCAGCUCUGGCCCGAUUCGGAGUCGCGGGACGGAGGAGCCCGGGUGGUUACAGACAUCUGCCGCCUAGCACGAUCCUCAGAGAGUUCUGUCCUUGGAGUCGGAGCCCUAAUCAUCUCUCCAGCCCUAUCUGGCGUGGAGCUGAGCGCUGCCGGCGGAGGCAGCGCCUUUCCGAAACAGUUUAUCUUCGGACGGAUUUCUUUAAGAGAAAAAUAAACCAACAGGUUGCCAGCCCGGGCGUCACACUCAAGACUCUGGAGAGGGAAGCCCCGGCCGCAGAUUCGUCGGACAACGCAUACCUUCUCGGGCAGCCGGAGGCAAAGGGAAGAAGGGGACGAUGGCUCGGCCCGACCCGUCCGCGCCGCCCUCUCUUCUGCUGCUGCUGCUGGCGCAGCUGGUGGGCCGGGCAGCGGCCGCCUCCAAGGCUCCGGUGUGCCAGGAAAUCACGGUGCCCAUGUGCCGCGGCAUCGGCUACAACCUGACGCACAUGCCCAACCAGUUCAACCAUGACACGCAGGACGAGGCAGGCCUGGAGGUGCACCAAUUCUGGCCACUGGUGGAGAUCCACUGCUCACCGGACCUGCGCUUCUUCCUGUGCUCCAUGUACACGCCCAUCUGCUUGCCUGACUACCACAAGCCGCUACCACCGUGCCGCUCCGUGUGCGAGCGCGCCAAGGCCGGCUGCUCGCCGCUCAUGCGCCAGUACGGCUUCGCCUGGCCCGAGCGCAUGAGUUGCGACCGCCUCCCUGUGCUGGGCGGCGACGCCGAGGUUCUGUGCAUGGAUUAUAACCGAAGCGAAGCCACCACCGCGUCCCCUAAGUCCUUCCCGGCCAAACCCACACUCCCAGGACCACCAGGGGCGCCAUCUUCCGGGGGCGAGUGCCCUUCGGGAGGCCCGUCUGUGUGCACGUGCCGAGAGCCCUUCGUGCCCAUCCUGAAGGAGUCACACCCGCUCUACAACAAGGUGCGCACCGGCCAAGUGCCCAACUGCGCGGUGCCCUGCUACCAGCCGUCCUUCAGCCCGGACGAGCGCACGUUCGCCACCUUCUGGAUUGGCCUGUGGUCUGUGCUGUGCUUCAUCUCCACGUCCACCACCGUCGCCACCUUCCUCAUCGACAUGGAACGAUUCCGCUACCCUGAGCGCCCCAUCAUCUUCCUGUCUGCGUGCUACCUGUGUGUGUCACUGGGAUUCUUGGUGCGCCUGGUCGUGGGCCAUGCCAGCGUCGCCUGCAGCCGUGAGCACAGCCACAUUCACUAUGAAACUACCGGCCCUGCGCUGUGCACGGUUGUCUUCCUCUUAGUCUACUUCUUUGGCAUGGCCAGCUCCAUCUGGUGGGUCAUCCUGUCGCUCACCUGGUUCUUGGCGGCUGGCAUGAAAUGGGGCAAUGAAGCCAUAGCAGGCUAUGCACAGUACUUCCACCUCGCUGCCUGGCUCAUCCCCAGCGUCAAGUCCAUUACAGCGCUGGCACUGAGCUCCGUGGACGGGGACCCAGUGGCUGGCAUCUGCUAUGUGGGCAACCAAAACCUGAACUCGCUACGAGGCUUUGUCUUGGGCCCACUGGUACUGUACCUGUUGGUGGGCACGCUCUUCCUCCUGGCAGGCUUCGUGUCACUCUUCCGCAUCCGGAGCGUCAUCAAGCAGGGUGGCACUAAGACGGACAAGCUGGAGAAACUCAUGAUCCGCAUCGGCAUCUUCACUCUGCUCUACACGGUGCCAGCCAGCAUUGUGGUGGCCUGCUACCUGUAUGAGCAGCACUACCGGGAGAGCUGGGAGGCAGCCCUCACCUGCGCGUGUCCGGGACCAGACGCUGGCCAACCGCGCGCCAAACCCGAGUACUGGGUGCUCAUGCUCAAGUACUUCAUGUGUCUGGUGGUGGGCAUCACGUCGGGAGUUUGGAUCUGGUCCGGCAAGACCCUGGAGUCUUGGCGGCGUUUCACCAGCCGCUGCUGCUGCAGCUCUCGGCGGGGCCACAAGAGCGGUGGCGCUAUGGCCGCGGGAGACUAUGCGGAGGCCAGCGCCGCGCUCACCGGCAGGACCGGGCCGCCCGGCCCCACCGCCGCAUACCACAAGCAAGUGUCCCUGUCGCACGUAUAGGAAGGCCUGGAGGCCAAGGCCCAGGGACAGUGCUGGAAGUUGAAGGGGACGGCUGUUUCGCUUGGUAGCUCUGUGAAGGUCACUUCUGUUUACCUUCUUGGUGCUGAUGCUCCCUCCCUGAGCGGCUUGGAGAGGAAAAGGGGGCGAUUUCAAGAGAUGACCUGUCCCCAGUCUUCUACCAGGGGGCUCGGCUCGCCGUGCAGUGGGUUAAGUGUAUUGUAGUUUGUGUUUCUUACUGCUUUCUUUAGAAGUACCUUGAUUUUAAUUUAUAUCUAUUUUAAGUUUUAACUUUGUUGCAUUUUGGCAACAAAAUUUACCUUUGCUUUGGGGGCUUCAUAAUCCUCAAGCUGACAUUGUAAUGAGGUUACCGUUGGUUCAGGUUUUUUUGGACUGUGUGGUCUAAAUUAGGAAAAUAUAUUUCCUAUAUGUGUCUUUUUUGUUUUUAUAAAUGUGAACAGUGAAAGGCUGCUGUGACUGGGAAGGUGUGGAGUUUUCUUUUUUAGGUAGUUUCUUCUUACAGUGCUUAAAAUUUCCAGGACACUUAAGAGGCCAGAGGCCAUCUGCUCUUUCUGUGUCUAGCCCCCUCAAGUCCUCUGCAAGAGCAGAAAAUGAUGUGGUUAGGAACAUCCCCCAAAUGAUGAGGUUAGAGCUAGGAGGUUUGUGAGCUUCCUUAACCUUGCUCUGCAAGCGUCCGGCUCUGGGCAACCGAGAGCCAGGCUGUCAUUCGCAUCCCUGACAGAGCAGCCGUCUUGAAUAAGUUAGAGAUGGCAUUACAGAGCGGACGUAAGCAUUUGCCACAGAGCCUGAGGAAUGGGGACUGUUUGAGUGUGAAUUCUGACCUGGUGAGAUGGUGAGCUUUCUACCAGAGAGGGAGUGGGUGUUGCUUAAUAAACUCCAGAGAUCUCCCUCCCCCACCUCCCCCCCCCCCCUUUUUUUUUGAGAAUAAAUUUGUGCUACAAAUUUCAGUAAAAGUAAAUCCACUCCCUUUUUCUGGAAGUAGUUAGGACUCCUUGCUAAAGGGGGCUCUCUUUUAGAUUAAAAACUAAAAAUGGAUUUGCUUCCAGUAAUUAAAGUAAAUUCCCAGUGAUUCUACUCCUGGCCCACCUCCUUUAUCAUGUUAAACAGUCUUUCUGGCUUUUCUAUUCCUCCUGGUGCAGAGCGGUGAUUAGAAACCACACCCACCCACCAAUGAAGUGCUGAGACUGGGGGAGGGAGGCUAGUUACCUGGGAACAAACAUUGGCUCUGGGGGAAAACAAAUGCCCCUGAAUUCGAAGGUUUAAAGCCAGAUAGUCCCCAAAGCAGCUACACCGUGCCCUAGUAGCCUGAAAACAAACUAGACAACUAAUUUAAGCUUUGUAAUAUCGGGGCAGUGUAAAACUACUGCAGGAGAGACCUGGUUUCUUUUCCUCCUCUUGAGAGAGCCUGUGUAGUGAUGGACACCCCCCUCACACGGUUUCCCUGCUCUUAGAAGAGUCUGUUUGCUUUCCUAAUCUGUUUAACUAUUCAUUCACUCAGAGUGUGGGGCCAUUACUGGGAAGGAAAUGGCAGGGCGUGAGCCAGCAAGUACCAGUGACCAAGACAGAGUGGGGACUGAAGUUAGGGAGCUAAAAUGGCCAAGCAACUGAAACUUCGCAAAGCUUUCCUAGAAAAACAGCUGGAGUCUAGGCAUCCUGAUUUUCACUGGGAGCGGAGGUGGGGGGUGGGGUGGAGUAGGGGGAGUUAAGCCUGAGCCUGCUUUAUGUCCCAGGUACCGAGUGGGGAAAUGCGUAAUUCCCAGUGGGAAUUUAAGCACUCUGAGGGUGUUCACAUUUGUAAAUGUCCUGCUCACUUGAGUUAGAAUUUAAAAAGCCAUUUCAAUGGCUUCCACCAGACCCUGUACACCUAGAUGCAGACUUCUGGGAAUGUCUUAUUCUCCUUAUUCCAGAGCCCCUUCCGGGAACCUCCUCAGACUCCUGGCUCAGCACCACUUCUGUUUUUCAAAUGAGGUCCCUUUUCUUAUCACCUUGACCUCUUGCCUUGUUUAGCACAGUCUUCCCAGAACCUGCACCCCACCCCCACCCCAGUCAGCUGUGCAUAGUUUGGGGUUGUUCUCUUCUCACAAAGACCAUUGAAAAAUUGUGGCGGAAUCUGGAAAAGAAGUACAAUGUAUCUAAAAGUUGCCUGGUGAAGGGGAUGAAAGCGAUUUAAUUAAUUUUUUAGAAUGAUUAUUUUUUUCCAUCCUGCAACAUGCCAAAGCUCUAAAAAAAAAAAAAAAAGAUCGAUUAAUACCCUUUGAAAAUACAGCAGUUGAGGUGCAUGCGGAGUCAGAGUGGGAGACCGUAGGGAAUGCCUUUGGAAGCAGCUGGAUAAGCCUGAGUUUGCGGUUCUCUGGGCUCUCCUUCCUCUCCCAAACCCUCAGAGAGACAAAGCGCACCUGCUUCCCUGAAGCCAACCGGAGUUUGUGGCCAGCCCUAGGGGAGGGAGAGGGAAGCAGCCUUAGGGUGACUAACCCCUCUUCCCACCACACAGUUUUCCUCCACUUUGCAUUUCUAUACCGAUAACAAGAAGUGAAAAGACAAAGCGUUGGGGGAGUUCUGCAACUUCUGCACUGCCAGCUUUGUGUAGCUGAGAGGUUUCAGGUCCAGGGCACAGCCUCUGGCCGUUCCACUCACCUCUUUAAGCUUUGGGAUGCUUCACAGAUUAAAGGGUGAGGGUUUAGAUAAUCUAAAGAAAGAAGCAGGACCUCAAUGACUCUGAUGGCCAGAUAUUAGGGAAGGUUUGGGAUUUUUUGUUUUUGUUUUUGUUUUAAUUUAACUUUAUAUUUUUUCCCCUCCUCACAUUUUGAAGUUGUCUGAGUGGGAUGAAAAUCAUUUUUCUUGGUGCCUUAUUGGUUUAUUCUUGCAAUCCUUUUGUCACAGUUUCCUGUGAUCAUUACCAGUGCCCAGGGCCUGUGUGUGAGUGUGCCGUGUGUGCACUUGUGCGCAUGUACAAGCUUAAAUAAUGUGCCGAUGGCAGGCACUGGUUCUAUGUUGGUAUUCAUUAGGCUGUUCCCUCCUGGGCCAGGGCAGCACUAAUCUUGACACCGGCUGCUAGGAGAAAACAUCAUGGAUCAUACACUGAACCUUAAUAGCAGCAUCCGCGACCUGCACCGGUAGUGUAGAAUAGGAACCCCAGAGCUAGGAGGCACAGUCGUGUAUUUUAAUGAACUGCUGCCCCUGCUAAGGAAGCUUCUUUCACUUUUGUGCUCUACAGAAAGACCCAGGGGGGUAGGAGGGACAAAGCUUUGAAUAAGUGCUUUCUAACACUGGCAAACCAGACUGAGCACAUCACAAAUAUAGGCAGGUGUGAGGUAUAGUGGCUAAGAAUUGCCUGCUGCCUCUCUGUGCCCUUUCUUGUCUCCAAAGUCCAAUCAAGUGAUCCUGGGAAAGAAGCAGCCUGGCUUGGGGAGGACAGCUCAGAAAGAAGACCUAAAGACAUUAAAGAAGGGUGAGGGGUGGGGAGGACUUAACUAACCUGUUCCAGACUCUCAGAGCCUUCAGGUAUCGUGGUGACAAUUGCAGGAUUUAUUUCAUCCAGGAUAAUGUCUGUCUGUGGUACAUCAUUUUAAGAGAAUAUUAAUUCAUGUUGUUACAAACUAUAGUAUAUAUGUUUUGUGGGUGUGUGUAUAUACGUAAUAUAUAUUAUAUAUAUAUAUAUAUGAGAGAGAAAGAUUUAGUGACUUUUGAUACGGGUUGGUGCAGGUGAAUUUAUUACUGAGCCAGGUGAGGCACAUACCAAGUCAGUAGGUGGAGUCCAGGGCAUUCAGUGCUGUGCAUGGUUCGCAUACAUGUACAGUGCCUAUCCCAUGCAGUAAGAAUUAUCGCUUGUCAUGCCAAAUCCAGCACUCACAACUCAGAGCCAGCAAUAUUUUAUUUGUAGACAAUCAGCGUGGAUCUAUAUAGAUUAUGACUGGCAAAUGAUUAUAAUUCUGAGCCCAUAACACUCGCAAAAGGAAACCCAGAGUAUCUUGGAAGAAACGUUUGGUUUGGUUUUGUGCCUGGGAGUCAGUCAGUGCAACAGCAAUUGUAUGUGGUUAUGUUAGUCUCAAGAUCCUUAACUUGUUGACCUUAUUAUUUUAGAAAUUUUUUGUAUUAUAUUUGUGGGAAGGUAAAAUAAUGGUUUUAAGAUUUUUAUCAAAUAUGGAGAUUAGUUAUUUAUGAAAAAACAAAGAAAUGUCUAUUUUUGUUUCUUUGUUCCCAAUUAAUGUAGAUAACUUUUUAAAAUGCAUUAAA